CAUGUGACACAUUAGUUAUGCGCAUGCGCCAAACGGAAGUUGGUGGUUAGCCAUAUUUUUUGGACACCUUACUAGAUCAAAACAACUGUCAAAUUUGAUAUUGGAGCGUAGAUCGAUUUUUACUCGUGAUUUUGAAUCAUAAGACAUAGAAAAAUCAUGUCUGACUACGACAGCAAUCCGUUUGCUGAUCCCGAGGCGAUUAAUCCGUUUUCUGAUCCCUCUGUGCAGCAGGCAAGAGGUGGAGGCCGACAAGCAGGCUUAGACGAUUUCAACCCAUUUGCAGAGGAUAACCAGACAAGACCAGCGGCUGAGAAAACAAGUUUACUUCAACCGGAGGCUCGCCCAACAAUUCCCCCACCCCAGUCAUCACCAGCCAUCAUGCAGCCAUCUAAUGAUGCUCCGCCCCCUUACUCCCAGAGCUCUGCCCAGCGGGUGGACACCUCUGAGCUUGAGAGAAGACAACAGGAAUUGGAAAAGAAGGCCGAAGAAUUGGCUCGAAAAGAACAAGAAAUGAAAAACAUGCAGUUUGGAGAAAGACAAAACAACUGGCCACCUUUACCAAAAUGGUUUCCAGUGGGACCAUGCUUUUAUCAAGACUUUUCUGUUGAUAUUCCACUAGCAUUCCAAAGAACAGUUAAAAUGAUCUAUUAUAUAUGGAUGUUUUAUUCUUUCACGCUAUUCCUCAACUUUCUGGGCAGCUUAGCAUAUUUCAUCGUGGAUAAAGAUGGUGGAGCCACAUUUGGACUGUCCAUUCUCUGGCUAGUGCUGUUCACACCGUGUUCAUUCGUGUGUUGGUACAGGCCUGUAUACAAGGCUUUCAGAAGUGACAGCUCCUUCAACUUCUUUGUGUUUUUCUUCAUAUUUUUCUUCCAAUUCUGCGUGUGUGUGCUGAUGUGUCUGGGAAUCACAGACUUCUCAGUCGGAAUAAUUGGAGGCCUGUCAACUGUUGGUGAUAAUGUGGCAGUCGGCAUAAUAAUGAUAUUUAUUGGCAUAUUGUUUGGUGCUAUAGCUGGUUUUGAGCUCAUCCUGCUGUUUAAGGUGCACAGGAUAUACCGCAGCACAGGGGCCAGCUUCGCCAAGGCCCAGCAGGAGUUUGCCACGGGCGUCAUGAAGAACGAGGCAGUGCAGCAAGGGGUGGCAAACGCUGCCUCCUCAGCCGCCCAGGGGGCUGUAAGGGGUGCAGCAUCACAGUAUGGCACUGGGAAGUACUAGAGCCAGAGAUAACUGGGUGUGUGGUUAAAGUCAAAAUUAUUAUUGGAAACCCUAGUUAUGAAUAUGUUUGUUUGCGCUUCAUUACAAUACAAUUAACAUACACAGCAUGGCUUCAAGUGCAUGCCCUUCUUGAAUAAUUAUUUACAGAGUGAUUUGUGUAAUGUCACAGUUUGAAAUUAAGGACAACACUAUUUAAUAUGUGUUCACAUGCUUUUGUUGACAUGAAAGGAAGGAAAAGAUGGUGUCAAGAUUUUUCCAAGUUAAUGGAAAAAUUGAGGUUGCUUUGUAGACUGAAUGAAGUACCGGUACUCACUUGAAUAACUUGUUACCAAAUUUAAAAGAAUGUCACAACCAAAUAAAGGGUAUUUUUAAUGUUCGAUGUAUGGUACAGUUGAUGUUAUAAUGUAAGAAAAUGCUGAAUUAAAUUACAUUGGCUUAUUCUAGUGUUGUAGUUGUCUUGACUAAGAUUUCCAUAUGGUGUAUUUAUUUCUUGAAUUGUGGUAUUUAUUGUAACAUCACUUUGUGUGUAUAUUUCAUCAUACAUAUUUUUAUAUUUAGUGUUUAAUUGAGAAUUCCACUUUAAAUUCAUAAAAACCUUACAAAUUGAGUUUGCAAACAUUUGAAAAUGUGAAUUGUUUGACACACAAAAUGUGAAAUUUAAAACAUUAGUUUGUGGUUUUAAUUAAAGAAUCCAAUGUUAAAAUGAGGCUUUAAAAUCCAAGUAUGUAGCAAAUAUUUUGUUAUUAAACAAUGAUAAUUGUUUCUAGCUUAUAAUUCUUAAAAAGGGUGAGAUAUGCGACAUUUCAUUAUGCGAUAUUUCCAUGGAUUUCUGUAGCCCAUUGUCUGUUAAGUAGCUACAGGCUAUGUUUGCACAUUGCUUACAUAGAGAUAGAACUAACUUGUAUUGGUUUGUGCAAUCUGUAAAACAUAGUUAGCUCACCUGAGCACAACGUGCUCAUGGUGAGCUAAUGUGAUUUCCUUUUGUCCGUUGUCUGUCGUCCGUUGUGCGACGUCAACAUUUGCCUUGUUCAUUCUCUACAGGCCACAUUUAUUGUCCAAUCUUCAUGAAAUUUGGUCAGAAGAUUGGUCUUAAUGAUAUCUUGGAUGAGUUCGAAAAUGGUUAUGUUUGCUUGAAAAACAUGGCUGCCAAGGGGCGGGGCAUUUUUCCUUAUAUGGCUAUAGUAAAAAUCUUGUAAACACUCUAGAGGCCACAUUUACUGUCCGAUCUUCAUGAAAUUUGGUCAGAAGAUUAUUUCCAAUAAUAACGAGUUUGAAAAUGGUGCCGGUUGGUUGAAAAACAUGGUCGCUAGGGGCGGGGUAUUUUUUCAAAUAUGACUAAAGUAAAACCUUGUUAACACUCUAGUUAUGUUAUAAAGUGCUGCUUUCAUCAGGGAUGUAUAAUAGAUCAUUAUAAUAAAUCUAUUAUACAUCCCUGCUUUAAUGUAUUCUUACAAUUAAGACAAUGUUAAGUUAAUAUCCUUCCUAUUUUGCAUAUUAAACUUGCAAUAAUCUAUAGAUUCUUCAAAUUAAAUAACACCAUUAAUACAUAACCUCUUUAAAAUUAUUUAUUUAAUUCAGUUGCCCAAUCUUCAUGACCUUUGGUCAGAACAUUUGUUUCCUGUGUAGUAAAGUUUGGUUUUAUUAUGUCAUUAUUAUGUACCAUUUACUGUUUUAUUUACUUUUUCAUAACACAGAAUUUUCAUAAUUAACAUAACUGUUUUAGUCAUAAUUACUUAUGGUAAGCCUAUCAACUAAGAGAUAGCUGAAAGAAAGACAACAUGUACACAAUUUUGCAGUAUUUAUCUCCCUUGUUUAACCUGCUGAGUCAUGUUGCCCAAUCUAUUUUUUCUUCUGCUCUAGAAUUUGUAAGACCCCUUGGUUUUAAAAUACUUUAAGGGUAAAUACUUCAAAAUGCAUAUUUUUCUAGUAUAAUGACAUUUUUGGCUAAGUUGUAAUUUCUUGUGUAAAUCUGUACUUAUUGUUUUGUCACAUUUGUUAUCAGUUUGUAGCAAAUUAAUCUAUAAUGGGAACUAUUACUGAUAAGCCAUCUUUGAGAAAAUCCCUGCAUAUAUUGAUCAUUGCAGUGUGUAACUUUUUACCACUCAGCUUUCUUAGCCAGGUAGUGUCUGAUACAGUUAGAAAACCAGCAUGAGUUGCCCUGAACAAAUUGAUCAUGACCACAAACUGACAGAAUCAUGAUUCCUAGGUACUAAAUUUCCCUCUAACUGUGCUCUAUGCCAGAAGUUAAUAGCAGUGGUCAGUAAUUCAAGCUAGUUGAAGUGUUUGAUAUAUUUUAUUUCACAGAAGGAGUAUUAAAUGCAUGUUUUUAACGAUUAACAAAAAUUUAUGUAAUUUAAAUGGGAAUGUCAUAUCAAAACAAGAUUCCAUAAUUAUUCACUCUAUAUAAUCAUAUUUAAGAUAUGUUAACACAUAUCAAAUAGAUGCUCUAUGAAAACAAUAAAGAAAUAAUUUCAAUUAUAAGUUUCUGAAGAUAGAAAUCAGAAUCAGAAUAACCUUCAAAGUCAAGAUUUACCUUUCUUAUUUGCAGAGUUCAUUUAUCAAAUUUAAUAAUUUUCAGGCUUUAUGUAUUAAAAAGAUGUCAGAAAAUUGAAAAUAAAACGGUAAUGAAUGAUACACAAUAUUAAUGAAAUGAAAUAUAAAAUCAAUACAUUUUCAUAUUUCUAAAUUUUUAGUGUAAAACAGCCUUCUGUUGAAAAAUAUGUUUAUAUAAUUAUAUUUAAGUAAACGGCAAUACCUUUAGUUAAUUGAAUUACAACCAAUCAGCGGUGUCAUCCUGACUGGAAAUAAGCGUUUGUCGAAUAAAUAUUUCCGCAUUACAUAAGUGCUCACAAAGUAACAUAACCUGUAACCAUCCCGUGACUGGUUCACUUGCGUAAGCAAACGAGGCCGCAAUACCACACCUGGAUACGACAGUUGAGUUCAAAAAUGGUUUGGAUCGGUAAAAAAACAUGGCUGCCAGGGGGGUCUUUUUCCACAUAUUUAUAUAGUAAAAAACCUUGUGAACACUCUAGAAGUCACAUUUUUUGCCUAAUCAUCAUGAAAUUUUAUCAAAACAUUAGCUAUGUGGAUGUCUGGGACGAGUUUGAAAAUGGUCGUGAUAAGUGGAAAAACAUGGGCACCAGGUGGUGGGGCAGUAUGUAUAAAGUGAAAACAUGUGAACAGUCUAGAAGACACAUUAUCUUUAUGAAAUUUGGACAUAUCUUGGAAGAGUUUAAAAAUUGUUCAGGUCUGUUAAAAAAAACAUGGCCACCAGGGGGCCAUUUGUUGUUCAUUCUUCAUGAAACUUGGUUAGAACAUUAUUGUGUUUCAUUGAUAUCUUGGGCUGCAAAGAACAGAUCAUUUCUUUUUAUCUCAGGUGAGCAACUUUGGGCCUUUCAGGCCCUCUUGUUAUGUAUACUCUUAAUAAUGUAUGAUCCUCGUCCUGAAAAUUAGUCUUAUACCAUUUGCUACCAGAGGUACUCCAGGUCAGCUUGCACAUUUGCACAGUCUUGUCAGAAGCUACCCUGUUUCCUCUAAUAACUAAUGAUAUUAAAAACCUUGAUUGGCUUUGGUGGUCAAAGUUGGCUUCUGCGCAGGCUGGUCUUGAAGUACACUGGAUGCAUAUGUCUUAAGACCCUCUUUUGCACAACGCAGCCUAUAAUUGUAUAAUUAUAAUAACAAUCUUGCAAUAAAGAGGUGUGUGUGUUGACAUCUAGAGUUAUAUCAGUGUAUUGAUUACUCUGCAAGUCUGUGGUAUAAAUAAAUAUUUGUUCAUGUGCACAUCUAAUUUGUAUAUUUAAUUGUUCAAUUAUUGUUUUGUUUAAUGUGUUUGUUAUAUUGUAACGUCAAAAUUAAAUAUAAUUACAAUAAAAAAUAAUCUCCAUUUUAUUAGAUUAUGUAGGUGUGAAUAUUAACAAACAAAAAGCAUUUGACAGUGUUUAUUAUUCUCCCUUUUUGCAUGGGGGCUGGACCCUUUAAAUUGAGAAAAUGAGCCUCGUUACAUUAUAUUUUGUGAACAUUUCACUCUAUUAAUAAAUUUAUAAAAUUUGUUUAAGGUUUCAUGAACUGUAAGCCUAACGGUGUCAACUGAAUUAUGCCCUUUUGUAUAAGCAUCAUAAUCAAUCUAGAAUAUCUUUGUAUGGAAAAUAUUAAAGAAGACAAAGUGACCUUGUGCAGCUAUAUCAAAUUUGUGUAAAAAGGGCGUAACUACUUUGUGCACUAUUUUGACCACACAUUUGCAGGAAAAAGUCAAACAUAAUCAUAAUUAAAGUAAAAUCAUAAUCAGCUUAUGAGAGAUUGAAUACAGAAACGAAUCUUGUUGUAAUUAUGCAUUUCUGAUGAACAAUUAAGAAUUUAGUUGUCAUUGAGCUUACAAUGAAAUCAUGAUGAUGGCUUCUGUGCUGUGCUUAAUUAAAGUGCUGACAAAUAUAACCCAAAUGUAGUGCAUUCUUCAAGUGCUUAAUCCUCUAGUCUAGUAAGCAUUCAUACAUUCAUAUGAGUUGUGAAAACAGGCUUAAUGCAAAAUGUGGGAAAAGCAUCAUCCAAGAUUAGCCUAUGAUGAUUGCAAAAGCAAAUCUGGGAAGAGACUUGACAAAUAUGCAUUAAGAACUGUUUUCACAUAAUCAGGCUCAUUUAUUGUUUGGUCAAAUUGAAUAAAAGACAUAUUGUGUUAAAUUUGCAUAAUCAUUAUUUUGUCAUAUUGUGUUCAUGUUCAGGGUAGAACAUGAGUUCAGAGCUUGUUAAUUAAAAUGGGACCAUACUGUAAAAUUUCUUUGUAGAUAGUGAGAAGAAGGAAGCAUGGGAAUAGUGGUGGAACUGUAGGAUAAAGUUUUAAUUGAUUUCAGUUUGAUUUGACACACACACUGACUUUGAUGUUCAUUUCAAAUUUCCAUUUAUUACAACAAAUAAACGCAUAUAGCCUUUUCAAAGCACUGAACACCUCAACAUUUAGUUUUUAAUGCCCACAUAAUUGUCAUAAUAUGCUUAAAGCAUCACAUUGUGGGGAUCAACGUUGCAUAUUAUUGUAUGCUCCUUAUUUUUAUGUAACUUGGAAGAAGAUUAUUUGUUAACACUUUAAAGAUAUCAAUUUGAUACUUGAAACAUAAGAUACUUCGAAGUUGAGCAAUGUACCAAUACAUCACCAUUCAACUUACCUUUGUGUAGGUCAAAUGUGUCCUUGAAUUAAACCUAAAUAUCUCAAGCACUUAUACCAGUGAUCUGCAGUGAUUGGUGGAUGAAAUUUCGAGUCAAUUUCUCUAGUUUAUUGAAUGAAUGUACUUUCUGAACAAACCUUUUGCUGCUUAACCUAUUUGUUGUGCUAGAAUUCCAUUUCAUAUUGUUUUGUUUCUCCACAUUAAAUGUUUAUAUGAGUAUCAGCUAACAUUAAUUUUGUGUGAUCAUUAUAAAACUUGUUGCUGAAAGAGACCCAUUUUAGAUUGCAGAGGCUAGUUAGAAAUAAAAUUGUUCUGGUGAUGUUUGAUGUAAGCAGUUAACUGAUGUUUUGUUUAUUUUCGUUCGGUAAUUGUAUAUUCUUAAUGUAAAUAAGUCAUUUGUUCUAGAAAGGGUUUCUUUGGCUAAAUUUUUCUGUUAAAUUCUGUAGGGUGUACCCAUGAAAUUCGGGCAAUUAGAGUGCCAGUUUUAGUAACAGGCAUAUUAAUAUCUGUUGGGAACCACUUGUAGUGCACAUUUUGGUAACUCGAGAAUUUAUUAACAAAAUUCAUUUUAUAGGUAUGACUAAUAUGGUGAAAUCUGUGUCGGAUAAAUCAUGUACACUUCAGUAUUUGAGGCGUUCUCUGGGAUAACUUGUUGAAAUGCAUGUGUGUUAAUUAUUGUUAGUCCAUACAAGCUAAUCAGGGAAAAUGCUCUCUGCAUAGACCUGAUUGUUGUUAAGAAGACGCAAAAUUCUUGAUGAUAAUUUCCAUAAUAGCGGAAAGUGUAGUCCCUGAUAAGACUUUGUGGACUGCGAACGCUAAUCUGGGAUGAUACUCUACGCACAUGUAUUAAGCCCUGUUUUAGCAGAGGAUAGCUGAAACACUUUUCUUUAUGACAUCUUUUGUUGUUGUUAUUUCUCAUAAUGCAGUGAUGUUUAAAAUUAUAUGUAUUUAAUAAAUGUCAUAAUUUUA